AUGGACAGGUUAACUAAGUUUGAUCUAAAGAUGAUGAGAUUGCCUGCGAAGUUUGUGAUGAAGACCCUCCAAAAGAAACUCCUUUGUCAUGAGAAAGACAAGAGCCCAAGUAAGUUUGAUCUUAAGAUCCACAAAAGGAAACUCCUUUGCCAUGAGAAAGAAGAUAAGAGCCCAAGUAAGUUUGAUCUUAAGAAAAGGAAUCUACUUUCCUGCAAGUUAGAUCCGAUCCCUCUUGAUUUAGAGUAUGAUAUACUGACUAGAUUGCCGGCUAAGUCUCUGAUCAAGUUCCGAUGCGUGUCGAAGAUGUGGUCUUCCCUCAUCCGAAGCCAACGAUUCGUCGAUUCCUUCUUCUCUUUGUCCUCAACGCGUCCCCUGUUUACAAUUGUUGUCAGUAACGGUGUAUUCGUCAAGGGUGAUGCCAAGCGUUUGCUCAUCUUCUCCUCUUCACAUGAUUCUUUGGUUGCCAAUCUCGACAUGACAUUACCUUCAGCGACCUUAGCUCACGGCUCCAAGUGUCCUUCCGUCCAUGGCUUUGUCGGUUGUCUUGACGCGAGUCAGUUCACUAUAUGUAACCCUACCACGAGGCAAGUCAUUACCGUACCCUGUAAAGGACUUCGCACAUCCCUUGGAUACGAUCCUAUUGAUGGUCAAUUCAAAGCAUUAACCAUGAUGUAUAUUCCUCCUUACCUGCCUCAUGAUCCUGGUUUUCUAGUGCACGAGGUUGUAACGAUUAAGGGAGACAAAGAAUCUUCUUGGCGACGCAAUCAGAUUACCUCCCGUUCCUAUCUCCCUGUAACUUCGGGACUAUGUAUCAAUGGUGUUGUGUAUUAUGCUGCUUGGGUCCCAACACAGAGAGCCGAUCCGAUGAUUGUGUGUUUUCAUGUUAGAUCUGAGAGGCUAAGUUUUAUCCAAGCGCCUAGGGAUGUUGUGGUGUACGAGGGUCACUCAGUAUUGAUAGAAUACAAAGGCAAGUUAGCUUCCAUUGUGAGAAACCCUCGUGGAUUCACCAGUUUUGAUUUAUGGAUACUAGAGGAUGUCGAGAAACAUGGUUGGUCCAAGCAAACCUUUGAGCUUCCCUUCCCUUUGGCGAAUUUGACUUCCCCGGGAACCAACAUGGCUGGUGAAAUCAUUUUUUCCCCGCAGACUCUGUCGCACACUGUUCAACCCUUCUACAUUUUCUACUACAAUGUUGAAACAAAAGACACGAGAAGAGUUAGUAUCCAAGGAGUUGCAGACACCGAGGAGUUUAGGCGCCGAUAUGGACUCGUAGACCAAGCAUGCGGAGGACCCUCACUAUAUCCACUGAAUUAUCAUCACUUUGCUGAGCUAAGCCAAAAGCAUGGAAUGUCUUUCCAGGAAGCAAUGCAACCACUCUCGAGAAGAGGACGGAGUCCAGGUUUAUUGGGUAUUUCAGAAUUCAGGGGUAUCAUGCUGGAUUCAACUGCAGUUUCAAGUGUGCAGAAGCGGUUAAUGUGGCUCUGGUUGAUUGGGGCUCAUGGACAGAAUACUGUGGAACUAUACAGUAAAGAGACAAGUCUCUGUCUCAUGACCAACUUCUCCUCGGAGCAGAUUAUGAAGCUGUUAAGGUGGAAGAGUUUCUGUGGGAAGAACGAACACUUGCCAACGCGAUCCAGUUCAUUUUUGUUUUGCAAAACGUUGUUAGGCUCGGUUACGGAUGGAAGAGGAAAGAAUUGCAGCUCUUGGAACCGAUUCUUCGAGUUAAAAAAAGAUGGAGAAGGACUUGAUUCAAACGAUGAAAGGGAACGCUUGUCAUGUUCUUAUGAUUUGCAUCUCUCGGCUUGGGGCUGCAAGUGCUCUACCGAAGACUACGCUCAGACGACCUCUGUUCAUGCAAAGGGAAGGCGGAAAGAAGAAGCGAAAGGAAAGUUCAACUUAAAGAGUCACGACGACCUUAAAGAAGAAGUUAGCACCAGUGGCGAGUCAACUGCUUCAGAGAACCAUAGUGCAUCGGUCGAGCCUAUAACCCUUGGGAUUUACUUGUCGUGUAAAGUUCUGCAACAAGAACGAGCAAUUACAUCUCCGAGGUUUUGGAUGCACAUGACUCAUGGGGCCACUGUUCAAGGUUACUCCAGGCGAGAGCUUCUUCAAUGUCUCGGCCCAAAAAUGCUGGGAAAUGAUACAUCCAAUGUUCGAAAACGCGGAUGUGGUGACCGCUUUCUCGCCGGAAAACCGCUCAGCGGACCGGAGCCGCCGCGACUUCACCCUAUUCGGUCCCCUCUAAGGUCUUUAAACGCACUAAACCACUGCACCAUAGAAUGCUGGGAAAUGGUGUUUCAGAGAGUUAAAGGUACAUCCACAAGUCUUGGUUUUCCUACUUUCUCGCAGUUUGAGUGUCUUAACGGGUUUCAAAUGUUUGGUUUCCUCUCGCCAUUUAUAGUUCAGGCCACUGAAGCUCUUGACCCAAACCGCCGGAACCACAAGAACUAA